ACGAUGUUGUGGAAUUGGAAUGUUAUGGACGCCUGCUUCCUUUCAAAAUCCUGGCACAUCACCUCCAAGGGCAUGUUUGCCGGAAGCUGCAUCGGUGUCAUCCUUCUAGUCAUGGUUCUUGAACUUCUGAGGCGCCUCGGCAAGGAGUACGACCGCCUGAUCCUCCGACAGCACCAAACCGCCAUCGGAAUCGCGCCUGCCUGCCCCAACCCUAACACUGCUGUCACCGGAGCCGCAGCCGUAGGGGCUGUGACCGCCUGUACCGGGCCGACGGCGACCUUCAGGCCUAACGUCUUGCAGCAGGCGAUCCGUGCGCUCUUGCAUAUGCUCCAAUUCGCCGUGGCGUACUUCGUCAUGCUGUUGGCGAUGUAUUACAAUGGUUAUAUAAUCAUCUGCAUCUUCAUCGGUGCGUUCAUUGGCAGCUUUUUGUUCAGCUGGGAGGCGGUUUCAUUUGGGUAA